AUGUCGGGCAGCUACCGCGUGGUGGACCCGCUGAACCGCCUGCGCCUGCGCGUCCGCCUGCGCCUCAUCCAGGACGUGCGCCUCGCGGCCAGGGACAAACAAACCCAGGACGACCAUGACGCGACGGGCCGCGUCUACACCUACGAGCUGCGGUGGCAGGAGCGCGUGCCGGGCCCGCGCCACGCGUUGGGGGAACGAAGCCUCGCGCCCACCAAGAAGAAGAAGAAGGGCAAGGACGACGGCGACGACGACGCGAAGGAGCAGGUCCUCGAGCACCUCAAAGAAAGGCAGCACCGCGUCUUCGCCUACGCCGCCGCCGAGGGCUACACCCUGACGGAGGAGCGGAGUUUGGUGCGGGACGCGACGGGCGCCGCGGCGCCGCUCGUGCCGCACGCGCUCGCGGCGUCGCGCGCGCCGCUACAACACGCGCGCAAGGCGGGCUUCGGCAAGUCGAAGGAAAGAAAGAAGAUGACCGUCGCCGACCGGCGGACGGGCGGCGACCCCGGGACGUGCUACUACAUCAUGCUGGGCGCGGACGUCGACGUCGACGCGUUCGAGGGCUGCGCGAAGCCCGAGGAUUCUACGGAUGCGGCCCGGGGCUUCGAGGGCGUGCUCUGCAAGCUGGAGCACUUCACGAACGGGCGGCUCGAGGUGACGCCGGCCUUCGCCGGUCCCGAUCCGAGAUUCGUGGGCAUGGUCUUCGACGGCUCGGACGGCGGCGACGAUAAAGAUGAUUUUUACGUGGGCAACGGCGCUCCAUUACUCACGUCGCGCAUCGCCACGCCGGCGGGGCGCGUUUUUGAAUACGUCGUCGAGAACGCGUCGGCGCCGACCGACGAGGAGCUGGUCCAGCUGCUCGAGGAGGAGCUCAAGGAGGAGGUCCAACGGAUGGAGGAGCGCAGGGAUAGGGACCCCAUCAUCCCGCCCCUCGUGCCGCCUCCUCCCCAAUGCAGGGGCUUCGGCGUGUCGAUGGAGCUCGUGAGUCUCGUAGGCUUCCCGCCGGGCGUGGAAUUAUACGCGGAGUACGAGGUCCACCUGCCGCCGGGCUGGCGCGCCGAGACGCCGCGCGGCGACGACCACGGGCGCACCUGGACGGAGAACGACGAGGGCGGCCUGUGCUGCGCGGGCACGUCCCAACUCGCGCGGUCCGUGCUCCGGCCCUGCCGCGCGGCGCACGGGUCGAAGCGGUCCGCCGAGGACCCGAGCGUCGCGCGCCACGCGCGGGGCCCCGACGCGGCCGAGGCCGUCCUCGCGGCGCUCGGCGCGCUGCUGCUGGUCGCGGCGCUCGCCGCGGGGCCGGGCUACGGCGUCUGGCCCCUCGCGGCCGGCAUCCUGGUCCUCGCGUCCGUCGGCGCGGCGCCGUCGGCCCAGACGUCGCCGCACGAGGCCUGCGAGAGCGUCGCGCACGUCGGCCUGCCCCUCGACUUAUACGUGGUGCCGCCCGAGGACGACUGCGACGCCGGCGACGCGGACGGCGCCGCGGCGCGGCCGUCGCUGCGCGUGCCGCGCUGCUACGUGGCCGUCUUCGCGCGGCGCCGCUUCGAGCGGCACACCGUCGAGGGCUACGGCCACUUCCGCCUGCCGGCGAAGCCGCAGCCCCUGAGCCGCGAGCGGCUCCAGACCUGGGCGCCCGUCGGGCGCAUCCGCGACCAGCUCCAGGACUUCUUCCUGGGCGGCGCGCACCGGCUCAAGGAUCUGAGGUACGCCGCGCACCCGCCCGACGAGUGGGGCGCGCACCCCGACCGCCCGCCGAAGGACUCGGGCUUCCUCUGCAAGUUCGGGUUCAUGACGCGCGCGGCGGGCUGUAUUGAUGUGCGCUGCGGCGCCGUCGAGGCGCGCCGCCGGCCGGCGCCGGUCGAGGUCCUGUCGAACGACGAGCGCCGCGCGCGCUACCUCGGGGGCCGGCCGGCCGCGGCGCGCGACCGCUUCGCCAAGCUCGACGCCAUCCUGGCCGACUACCGGUCGCGGCUCAAGCUCGGCUCGGACUACUCGGCCGACGACUUCGACAAGGACCGCGACCGCUCGGCCGCCGACCGCGCCGCCGAGCUCAUCCGCAAGCUCGAGGCGGAGCGCGCGCGCCAGCGGGCCGACCGCGCGCCGCCGAAGGCGCGCGCCGCCGCGGCCGUCGCCCGGGCCGGGGCGGCGGCCGCGGCGCCGACGCUGGAACGCGGACAGCUCGCCGCGCCGCGGUCGCCGGCCGACCCCGUCGUCUCCGUCGAGAACCCCGAGGGCGACACGAUCCUCGACUACUCGAAGCCGGGCGGCGUCGAGGUGACCGCCGGCACCGUCACGCGCCACCGCAGCGGCGAGACCGUCAUCGACUUCUCGCGCACCGGGGCCCGCGCCGCCGCGCCCGACCUCCUCACCGGCGACGGCGCCGAGGAGUCCAAGGCCCCCUGA